AUGGCGGGCGAGUCGGCUCAGUUCAACCAGGCUCAACUCGCUGCGAUUAUGGGUUCAGACCCGGCGCCAUUCGAAACCCUAAUCUCCCACCUCAUGUCCUCCGCCAAUGAGCAGCGCUCCCAGGCCGAGGCCAUCUUCAACCUCGUUAAGCAAAACGAUCCCAAUUCGCUUGCACUCAAGCUUGCCCAGGUUCUCACUUCAUCGGUUCACGUUGAGGCGCGUGCUAUGUGUGCUAUCCUCCUGCGCAAGUUGUUGACCCGUGACGAUUCCUAUAUCUGGCCUCGGCUUGCUGCUUCUACUCAGUCCGAUAUCAAAUCCGUGCUGUUAACGUGUAUUCAGCGCGAGGAGGUGAAGACGAUAAUUAAGAAGCUUUGUGACACGAUUUCAGAGCUUGCCUCUUCGAUUUUGCCGGAGAAUCAAUGGCCGGAAAUCCUGCCGUUCAUGUUUCAGUGCGUUACUUCUGAUUCGCUGAAGCUACAGGAGUCUGCCUUCUUAAUUUUUGCUCAAUUGGCUCAGUACAUAGGCGAGAUCCUGGUGCCUUAUAUUAAGGAUUUGCACUCGGUUUUCUUGCAGACACUGAAUAACUCUCCCAGUUCGGAUGUUAGGAUUGCGGCUUUGAACGCUGUUAUCAAUUUCAUCCAGUGCUUAUCGAGCUCAACUGAUCGGGACAGGUUUCAGGAUCUUUUGCCUGCGAUGAUGAAGACGUUGACCGAGGCAUUGAAUUGCGGGCAGGAGGCUACGGCUCAAGAGGCGUUGGAGUUACUUAUUGAAUUGGCUGGGACUGAGCCAAGGUUUUUGAGGAGGCAAUUAGUUGAUGUUGUGGAUGCAAUGCUACAGAUAGCCGAGGCCGAGAGUUUGGAGGAAGGCACAAGACAUCUAGCAAUUGAGUUUGUGAUUACAUUGGCUGAGGCAAGGGAGAGGGCUCCUGGAAUGAUGAGGAAGUUGCCUCAGUUCAUUAGCAGGCUAUUUGCAAUCCUAAUGAAGAUGUUAUUGUCUAUAGAUGACGAGCCUGCUUGGCAUUCGGCCGUGGUUGAAGAGGAGGAUGCUGGGGAGACUAGUAACUACAGCUUUGGACAGGAGUGUUUGGAUAGGUUGGCCAUUGCAUUAGGUGGUAACACCAUUGUUCCUGUUGCCUCAGAGCAGCUGCCAGUCUAUUUGGCUGCCCAAGAAUGGGAGAAGCACCACGCCGCUCUCAUUGCACUUGCUCAGAUUGCUGAAGGAUGCUCAAAGGUCAUGAUCAAGAAUUUAGAGCAAGUUGUGAACAUGGUUUUGAAUUCAUUCCAAGAUCCUCACCCUCGAGUUAGGUGGGCUGCUAUCAAUGCAAUUGGUCAGUUGUCUACUGACUUGGGUCCAGAUUUGCAAGUUCAGUUUCAUAGCCGCGUAUUGCCUGCACUUGCUGCAUCUAUGGAUGACUUCCAGAAUCCAAGAAUACAGGCACAUGCUGCAUCAGCUGUUCUAAACUUCAGUGAGAACUGCACACCGGAAAUUUUGACACCUUAUUUAGAUGGAAUUGUCAGCAAACUGCUUGUACUUCUUCAGAAUGGAAAACAAAUGGUGCAAGAAGGAGCCUUAACUGCUUUGGCUUCCGUCGCUGAUUCUUCGCAGGAGCACUUCCAAAAGUAUUAUGAUGCUGUUAUGCCUUACCUUAAAACCAUCCUUGUCAAUGCAAAUGAUAAAUCUAACCGGAUGCUUCGGGCCAAAGCCAUGGAGUGCAUUAGUUUGGUUGGAAUGGCUGUUGGAAAAGAGAAGUUUAGGGAUGAUGCUAAACAGGUUAUGGAGGUGCUAAUGUCAUUACAAGGAUCACAAAUGGAGAAUGAUGAUCCUACUACUAGUUACAUGCUACAAGCAUGGGCCAGACUUUGCAAGUGCCUGGGUCAGGACUUCCUUCCAUAUAUGAGUGUAGUCAUGCCUCCAUUACUUCAGUCUGCUCAGCUGAAACCUGAUGUGACCAUAACAUCUGCCGAUUCAGACAAUGAAAUUGAUGAAUCAGAUGAUGACAGCAUGGAGACAAUCACCCUUGGGGAUAAAAGAAUAGGAAUAAAAACGAGUGUCCUUGAGGAAAAGGCUACAGCUUGUAAUAUGCUAUGCUGCUAUGUUGAUGAAUUGAAGGAAGGUUUUUACCCUUGGAUUGAUCAGGUUGCUCCAACUUUAGUUCCACUUCUGAAAUUCUAUUUCCAUGAGGAAGUAAGGAAAGCUGCUGUUGCAGCUAUGCCGGAUUUGUUACGUUCUGCAAAAUUAGCUGUAGAGAAAGGGCUUGCUCAAGGCCGUAAUGAGACUUAUGUCAAGCAGCUGUCAGACUACAUUAUACCAGCUCUGGUGGAAGCUGUACAUAAGGAGCCUGAUACAGAAAUAUGUGCCAAUAUGUUGGAGGCAUUGAACGAAUGUCUGCAGAUCACUGGACCUCUUCUAGAUGAAGCCCAGGUCCGAAGCAUUGUGGAUGAGAUUAAACAGGUAAUUACUGCCAGUUCAAGUAGGAGAGCAGAAAGGUCAGAGAGAGCAAAAGCCGAAGAUUUUGAUGCAGAGGAGAAUGACUUGCUAAAAGAGGAAAAUGAGCUAGAAGAAGAAGUUUUUGACCAAGUUGGUGAAAUCUUGGGUACAUUGAUCAAGACAUUCAAGGUUGCUUUCUUACCAUUCUUUGAUGAGCUUUCUUCAUAUAUAAUGCCUAUGUGGGGAAAAGAUAAAACAGCUGAAGAGAGAAGGAUAGCAAUUUGCAUCUUUGAUGAUAUUGCGGAGCAGUGUCAUGAAGCUGCUUUAAAAUACUAUGAUACACACCUUCCUUUCCUGCUUGAGGCUUGCAAUGACGAGAGCCCAGAUGUUAGACAGGCUGCAGUUUAUGGACUUGGUGUCUGUGCUGAGUUUGGUGGUUCUGUAUUCAAACCUCUUGUUGGAGAGGCCCUAUCAAGGCUUAAUGUAGUCAUAGGACAUCCAAAUGCUCUUCAACCUGAGAACAUAAUGGCAUAUGAUAAUGCUGUGUCUGCACUAGGGAAGAUAUGCCAGUUUCAUCGUGAAAAUAUUGACUCAGCCCAGGUUGUUCCUGCUUGGUUGAACUGUUUGCCUAUAAAAGGUGACUUGAUUGAAGCCAAGGUUGUGCACGACCAACUUUGUUCAAUGGUUGAAAGGUCAGACGGUGAGCUUUUGGGCCCUAACAAUCAGUAUCUUCCUAAAAUUAUGUCAGUUUUUGCUGAGAUUUUAUGUGCCGGUAAAGAUCUUGCUACAGAGCAAACUGCCAGUCGGAUGAUUAAUCUGUUGAGGCAGCUCCAGCAGACACUACCACCAGCCACUCUGGCUGCAACAUGGUCAACUUUGCAGCCUCAACAAAAAAUGGCACUGCAAUCCAUUCUAUCAUCAUAGAUUUGUGGCUCAAAUUCAAAAAGAUGACAGCUCUUCCUCAUGACGAUGAAGUUGCUGUGCGACAGCCCUCGUGUGAAUCAUCAUUACAUUUGAUACGAAAUUCUUUCUCAUAAACAUCAUUCAUUUCUGCAUAUUGCAACAUCCUGGUGUUGGUUUGAUCUUGAAAGUAUGGAAGCAAAGGUGGAAACCUUUUUUCUUUUGUAGAAUGUGUAUAUCAAAAGUUACUUUUGCUUAGCAAGGAUGAGGAUUGAAAAUUGUGAUUUGUGGUAUUGUUUAUUUAUAUAUUUUUUAGCAAGUGCGAGGCUCAAGGGUUGUCAGGGAGGCAAUUCUUGUCACAGUUUUGGUCAUGUCUCAUUGUCCUUUAUAUCAUUGAUGAUGAUUGUGAAAACAAUGAUUAAAUUAUAGAAAUGGUGAUAUUCUUUGUUUGUUAUC